AUGGCGCGCCGACUGCUGAUCUUGCGGCAUGGACAGAGGCCGGACGAGGUCCCAGAUCCAUCGCUAUCCACGUUUGGAUUCCAGCAAGCUGAGCACGUGGCAUCAAUGUUAAGGCGAAGCGGCAUUUGCAUCGAUGCCAUCUUCUCAUCGCCAUUUAUACGCUGUUUGCAGACUGCUGCGCCCUUGGCGAGAGCUCUUGGAAAGCAGAUUCGCGUCGACUGGGGCUUCAGUGAAGUACUUGCGCACGAAUGGCUGUAUCACGCCAACCCGCUGCCGCAGCUUCACUUCGGCAACUUUCAGAAGACUGGAGAAGAGUUGCCCAAUGUUGCUGGAGAUCUUAUCGACGUUGGAUACGAGUCUCCAAUUCCUGGAUAUCCGGACUUCGUAGGCCCAGCGCGGGCAGGUGACGCAGUGCAGCGAGCGCGGCCCAUUGCACGUGCCCGGGAGGCGCUUUCUCGGGCCAUGCGCACAGAUCCGGUUCCAAGGCGUUGCCUUGAACUGGACGAUGACUUCUUGUCUGUGACAGUCCCUUUCUGCGUGGAGAACGUGUCCUUCACAACAGCGCUUCGUCGCGAGGAUGGCAGGCCGCAUGUCGAUGGAGACAGGUUCUGCCUGUACGGCUUCAACGAGCAGAUUCCACGCUUGCUGGCAGACGGCUGGCAGCACACAUUCCAGCCUACUUCAAGGCCGUCUGAGCUAGGCACCCUUCCACAGCCCCCGAAGUGGUGGCAAGGGGACUAUAUGGGCAGAAGAUUUGUCACGCAGCACCUGACCAGCACAGGGGGGCCAGCUAGACCCACGGACACCUGGACCGUCGACGAAAUCAUGUGGCGCUGUCAAACUCGAUCCUUGGCAGCGGGCAACCGCCAGCCACCAAGCCGGUGUUUCUCCUCGACAGCCUGUCCGGACGAGUCCGAAUAUGUGACUCUCGAGGCAUGCCAAGUGCUCCCUGAGGAGGAGCUUCGUCCUUCGCAGUCGGGCAUCCCGCCGCCCUUGCCGACCGCCUGGAAAGUCGAUUAUGAGCUCUGCCUUGGCCCCAAAUUCCCGUGGGAAGUAGAACAAGCGCAUCUCGCCAAACUCGCAGGGCCGGGUGGUCAUCAGCUCGGUGGAGGAGCUUUUGCAGAGGUGUUCCAUGUCCGUCAUCGUACCAGCCAUACCGGCUAUGCUGUGAAGGUGAUGAGCAGAUCCAACUUCGCGAACCGUGGCAUUGAGUGCCAGAUCGACUGGGAGAUCCAAGCCAUGCGUGCCGCCACCGUCUACAGAGACCAGCUGGAGACCCACGUUUUGAGACUGCUGGAGGACACGCAAGAGGGCGACUUUGUGUACCUUUUGCUAGAGCUUUGCGAGCAAGGAGAUCUGCUGCGGAAGCAAGGCGUUCUGUCCGAAAAGACCGUGAAAAGCAUCGCUAGACAACUGAUGCUCGGCUUGCAGGUGGUGCACAAGCCAGUCCCGCAGACGGCACGGAUCCCAGCAUACCUCGGCACGCAUGCGUGGUUCAUUGCGAUAAAUUGUGAGCUGUUUCUGGGGAGGACCAAGCUUUCAGAGCGAGAUCCAGUGAAGUCAACUUUGCUUCGCCAGCAGUGGCUGCUGCGGGAGAUCGAUGCAGUGUGCCCACCUUCUGACAAACUACGGCCGAACCAUAUCAGCCCGUUGGCGUGGGACCUGGUGCAGAGAAUGUUGACUAAAGACCCAGCCGAACGUAUCUCUGUGGAGGAAGCGCUCUCACACCCCUGGUUACGCGAGCAAACAGAGGCAGCCCGUUAA